AUGAAGUCCACGCUGCUGCUGGCCUUCGUCUGUGUGGCUCACCUCCUGCCAGACUCCGCCCUCUCCUUGCACAUUGGUGCUUUCAACAUCCAGACCUUUGGGGACAGCAAAAUGUCCAAUGAGACCAUCAGCGGCAUCAUUGUCCGAAUUGUGUCCACAUAUGACCUCAUCCUGGUCCAGGAGGUCCGAGACGCUGAUCUGAGUGCAGUCCAGAAGCUGAUGAACCUACUCAACCGAGUGUCAGCAGAGCAGUACAACUAUGUGGUCAGCGAGCCGUUGGGACGCAGCACCUACAAGGAGCAGUACCUCUUCAUUUACAGGGAGGACCAGGUCUCGGUAUUGGACAGUUAUUUGUACGAUGAUGGGUGUGAGCCGUGCGGCAACGACACCUUCAGCAGGGAGCCUUUCGUUGUGAAGUUUGCUGCCCCUCACACUGAGGUGAAGGAGCUGGUGCUGGUGCCGCUGCACACUCCUCCCGCGGAAGCCGUGGCAGAGAUUGACGCGCUCUACGAUGUCUACCUGGAUGUGAUAAGCCAGUGGGGGAGCCAGGACGUGCUCUUCCUGGGGGACUUCAACGCUGACUGCUCCUUCGUCCGGUCUGACGACUGGCCCCACAUCCGCCUCCGCACCAGCCGCGACUUCCAGUGGCUCAUCCCAGACACUGCUGACACCACCGUGACGACCACAAAUUGCGCCUACGACAGGAUUGUGGCGGCAGGCCCAAGACAGAGAGGCAGCAUCGUGCCUGGAACAGCCCGAGUGAACGACUUUCAGAAGACCUUUGGCCUGAGCUACAAGGAUGCCUUGGCUGUCAGUGACCAUUUUCCCGUGGAAGUGACCUUGAAGCCCCUCUAG